AUGCCUCGUGCAUGUACAUGUAUAUUUAAAUUUACAUUUCUUCCGGGACCGUCUAAAGCCAGGAAAAAGUUUGAUAGUUCUUUAAAAGAAAAAAUUGAAUCGAAGUAGGAAGAAUACUUGUGUCCAUUCUUUUCCAUUCUACGUAGUUGAAUAAGUAUAUUCGUUUACAGUUUCCGAGGAACUUUAUUACGAAACGUUCGUUAACAUGACGAAUAUUAUGGAAGAAAUACAAAUGCUUUUCAAAAGUGAGGUAGACAAAUAUAAACAAGUUCAAAAAGAUUACCACAAAGCAUUGAGUCAAAGGCAGCAGUUGGAUGGCCAGUUAAAUGAAAAUAUCGCAGUUAAGAAAGAGUUAGAUCUUUUAAAAACAGAUAACGAUGUUUUCAAGCUGAUAGGACCAGUUCUAAUAAAACAGGAUUUGGAAGAAGCUAAACAAAAUGUUUCCAAGCGUAUGGAAUAUAUUUCUUCCGAACUGAAACGAGUGGAAGAAUUAAUUGUAACUUUAGAUAAAAAGCAAGAUACUCACCGGGAAGCCUUAGAGAAAUAUGAUCAAAUGUUCCAAGCUCAUGUGAAAGCAGCAUUCAGUCAACCAAAGGCAUAACAUUCUGCAUAAGCUGUUAAAAAAUUACAGUGUUAUCUCUUGUUAUGUCAAUAUUAUGUAAUGAGAAAAGACAUGUAAUUACAAAAUAGCACCAUCUUUAUUUCUGAAUCGGAUAAAAAAUCAAGACAAACUGCUUGAUUA